CAGGAGAGGGCUUGAUAUAAAGGCUGACUGGGACAAGCUGACUCUCAGACCGGUGGAGCUCAGCUCAUCUUAAAGCACAAUUCCUCAAGCAACUGACCAAAGCUGACACAGCACGACAGAGCAGAAUGAGCAUGCGCAGGGCAGUGGCUGGUUGUGUGGUGUUGGCGUGCCUGGUGGCGCUGCUGGCUGAGAGGACAGAGGGACACAUCACCUUCUUGAGCCCAAAGGAAAUGAUGCUGUUGAAGCAAGAGCAAGAGGACAGGAAGGUCAUGGAGCCUCGAUCAGAGGAUGGUCAGUUAAAGGAGGUGACUGUCCAACAGUUUCCUCAGCUUGAACGUGGUGGAAAUCCUGAUAAAACAGUGGAGAUUGCCGUCCGUCUUUCACCCAAACAGCUGGAUCAUGUGGCUCCGGUGCUUGAGGAGAUCAUCCAUGAAAUAGUGGAGUAGCACCAGAAAGCCAAAUAGCGUAGCCGAAGGCACGAGUGGAUGAACGCUGUAUAAAUUCUUCAAAAGCAUUGAAUGCCCAAAUGUUUUAUUGUGUUUUAAUGAAUCAGUCAAUAAAGGGAAGUGGUUGUGUCACUUA